AAGUGCUACGCGAGCGGUCGCUACGCCGCGUGCGCUACGGGCGACGGUGCUACGACGAAAAGUAUUUCGCGCGUGGAAAAAGUUUGUGAAGUGUUGAUUGAUGCUGAGUGAUUCUGUUGAGCGAGUUCAUUGAGGUGUGGCGAUGAGCGCGCCAGGAGUGGCCGUGUUGCUGGUGCUGGCAGCAUCCCCGGCGCUCAGCCAGCUGAUCUUCCUGAUGGAGCCGCCGCCCAGACUGCGGUUCUCGAACAGCUCCGGCGCGAGAGUGUCGUGCGCAGCGCACGGCUCACCCCCGCCCACUAUAACCUGGCUGACGGAAGAUGGCGCGCCGGUCACCGACGUGCCCACACUCAGAGAGGCGCUCCCGAACGGUACCCUGUGGCUGGGCCCAUUCCCGGCAGCUCAGUAUAGAAGCGACGUCCAUGCAGCAGUAUACCGCUGCCGCGCAGCCAGCGCCGUUGGUGCUAUACUGUCGAGAGAUAUGCGGCUCGAAGCAGUGAUGGACGUGUCCUGGGAGGUGCACGUGCAGCCGAGCCACGGCGUGUCGGGCGGAGCAGCGCUGCUGACCUGCUCCGUGCCUGCCAUAGUGAGGAGUCACAUUACUGUCACACGGUGGUUCAAGGACGGGUCCGUCCUAGCUCCGAUGGCUGCUGAAGCAGGAGGCAGAUACAUAAUAGGUGGAAGCCGCGGAGAUAUUCUAGUGGUGCGGGACGCGAGGCCUGAUGACGGGACUACCUACUCGUGCGAGGUGCAGCACGCUCUGACAGGAGAGAAGAGAAGGAGCCAGCCUGCUGUUGUCUCUGUCACACAUACCACAGGAAGCUUGGCGCCGCGGAUGCUGUCGAUAUCCGAAGAUGAAGUGGUUCCGCAAGGAGGCGAUAUACGACUGGUGUGCUGCGCUAUCGGAAGUCCUUCACCUACUUACAGUUGGUUUCGCCACUCCAAUGGCCGCCUCAGCCCUGUCUCCAACAGCAUCAGAAUUUCGGUAUCGGAACAAGUUCUGAUCAUCAGACGAGCCCAGCUCUCGGACGGAGGCGUGUGGACUUGCAGAGCUCACAACCAGUAUGGCGAACAGAGAAGAGACGCGAGACUGAGAGUGCGAUCCAGACUGCUAGUGAAUGUUCAGCCGCAGUUACAGGUGGCAAACUCUGGCAGUUCAGUGACCUUCAACUGCUCGGUAGAAGGCGGUGACGCUCGCAUCAGAUGGCUGCACGAUGGCGUCCCAGUUGGAGGAGCAGAAAGAGUGCUGAGGAUUCAUUCUGUGCUGAGGGUCCAUAAAGGCAUGUACCAAUGCUUUGCUGAGAGAGACCUGGAUUCAGCACAAGCUGCGGCUGAAUUAAGAUUGGGAGACACAGCACCAGAACUGCACUACACGUUCAUAGAACAGGCGCUGCACCCGGGCCCAGCUCUGGCGCUCCACUGCGCCGCGGCCGGGUCACCCCACCCUCGGUUUACGUGGCUAUUGGAUGGCCAGCCUGUGGAAGAACAUAACACUGCUCAAAGAUCCAUAUCCCAGUUCAUAAAUUCAGCGGGGGACGUAGUCAGCUAUCUGAAUAUCACAUCGGUGCGGCCAGAAGACGGCGGCCGCUACUCGUGUCGCGCGCACAACUCGCGAGGAGUUGCUGAGCAUUCCACCAGGCUCAACGUCUAUGGUCCGCCGUCAAUCCGCAGCGUCGGGCCGGUGCGCGUGGUGGCCGGCGUCAACACCACCGUGCACUGCCCCUACUCCGGAUUUCCAAUCAGUGAAAUCCGCUGGCAGCGUGGCGGACUCGACCUGGGUUCCUCCGGCGGCCGCGCCCUCACCGGCAUCAACGGCGAACUUCUGCUUUGGCCGGCGGAGCCAACUGAUGCUGGAGUGUACACGUGCAGGGUCACAGCGCCUUCGGGACAAUACGUACAAAAGGACGUGCAAAUCUUUGUUAGAAAUCCACCCAGAAUAGCUGGAUUUGGGUUCCCGACAGACCUGGUGGAGGGCAGUUCUAUACAAGUGCUAUGCGGCAUCACAUCUGGAGACAAACCCGUUUAUUUCUCAUGGCUAAAAGACGGGCAACACAUCCCAUCAAGUUUACAGGUCCAAGAGAAGUCCUUGGAUGAGUUCAGUUUUCUUAUAUUCUCUCACGUGAGCUCAAAGCACAGUGGGGAGUACACUUGCGUUGCCAGCAAUUCAGCUGCUGAGGUCAACCACACUGCGAGGUUGGCUGUCAAAGUGGCACCUUCCUGGGUCUUCGAGCCGCAAGACGUGUCUGCUCUUUUGGGAACACAGAUCUUAGUGAACUGUGCCACUAAAGGCUAUCCUGAACCCAGGAUUACUUGGCACAAAGGACAUGGUACUGGUAUUAAUGACUUCAGACCCGUGUCGCACCUGGACCUACAGUUCUCUGUUCUGGGCAAUGGGUCCCUUAGUAUCGCUCCGGCGGCCCAUCAUCACGAGGGGCAGUACAUGUGUAGGGCUGAAAACGGCAUUGGGAGAGGACUAUCUAAGAUCAUUACCAUUUCUGUUAAUGAACCAGCCCACUUCGAGUUCUCCUCUCGCAACAUGACAGUGAAGAGAACCGCCGCAGCGUCUCUGAUGUGCGACGCUCGCGGCGACCCGCCCAUACAGCUGCAGUGGACACACAACAUGCAGCUCGUUGACUUGUCUACUUAUAGGGUAUCAGUGAAAGAGCAGCGAUCUGAAAGCGGUAUGAGUUCGCAACUCAAUAUAGCACACGCGGAGCGUCGAGACUCAGGUGUGUACCGGUGCCGCGCGGAGAACUCGUACGGGAGGGACGAGCUGCUGAUAUACUUGGCUGUGCAGGAGUUUCCCGAAUCACCUCGCGGCCUCCACGUCUCCCGUCACGAGGCCCGCGGCUCCACCAUCUCCUGGCAGAAAGGUUACGAUGGCAAUGCUCGCGUGCGAUUGUACCGGUUGCAGUAUAGAGUGGUGGGAGACAGAGAGAGACAUAGAGAGGGGGAUGAUUGGAGCGACGCUCCUGUGAGGGAUGUGCCGGCUGACAGGGUUAUUGAGAGACAUGAGUCAACAGACCCGAGCGCAGAUGUAUUACUAGAGUACAAUGUGGAAGGUCUACGACCUGCCACUGCAUAUGCUUUGCGACUAGCAGCUGUGAAUGCUAUCGGAGACAGCGAGUAUUCUGAUUCUAUCAUCGUACAAACUUUGGAAGAAGCACCAUCAGAGCCUCCACAUAAUGUCCAAGUUCAAGCCACUGCUCCUGGAGAAUUAUUGGUAAAAUGGCAGCCCCCGCCUCAAGAAACCUGGAACGGUGAGCUUCUCGGCUACGUAGUGACUUGGCGUGAAGCUGGCUCUGCUGAAAACAGUACCCAAGCGCUUACAGCUCACGGUUGGGGCGCGACUCAAGCGCUGUUAGCCGCUUUACGAGCCCACGCCCAUUAUGAAGUUAGAGUAAAGGCAUUUAAUGCUGUUGGAGCUGGUCCUCCUUGUACACCUUUGACUGCGACUACGCUUGAGAAUGUACCCGAAGCGCCUCCCGAGCGCGUCCGCUGCGAGCCGAUCUCCUCGCAGUCGCUGCGCGUGUGGUGGGAGCCGCCGCCGCCGGCCACCAGGGGCGGCGUGUUGCUGGGCUAUGAGUUGUUGUAUGAGGUGGCUGAUGACCUGGAAAGCCAGACAGAGUCUCGUCGCGCGGGCGGGCCGGAGAGCGUCGUGGGCGGGCUGCGGCGCGCCGCCAACUACUCGCUGGCGGUCCGCGCGCGCACCGCCGCCGGGCCCGGGCCCGCCUCCGCGCCCGUCUACUGCGCCACCAGCGAAGACAUACCAGGACCUCCAGCUGAUGUGAAAGCCCUGGCCAACUCCGAAGACUCAGUGAUAGUCAGCUGGCUAAGCCCGAUUCAAAAGAAUGGGAAGAUCAAACACUACACAGUUUACAAUAGGCCACAAAGGACAGGACAGCACUCUCAGCAAACAGUGCAACACAAGGACGAUGAAGACGAGUACCAUUUGGCAGUGCGAGGACUGUCGGAGCACCAGGUGUACGAGUUCUGGGUGACCGCCGCCACUGCCUCGGGGGAAGGGGAGAUGAGUGCUAUUGUGGCCAAGAAACCCACUGCUAGAGCUCCAGCCAUGUUAGCUUCCUUCAGCCGCCGCAUCCAAGCCGCGUCCGGUUCCCGUGUCCGGCUGCCGUGCGCGGCGGCCGGCUCGCCCGCGCCGCUGCGGAUAUGGGGCCGCCGGAGACCCGCGCCGCCCGUACACGCUGACAAUAGAUUCCUUCUAGACGCACAAUACCUAGUCAUUCUCAGUUUAGACCGCAGUCUAUCGGACAACUACACGUGUACGGUCCGGAACCCAUACGGCUCAGACCGCGGCAACUUCGAGGUGGUGGCGCUGUCCGCGCCGGCGCGGCCGCGGCUGCGGCUCACCGCGGCCGCGCCUUCACGAUUGCACCUCUCGUGGGAUGCCGUCGCUGGAUCUAUACAUAGCUAUAUGGUGGAGCACUGCAGAGCCGAAUCCGGUCUCUGGACGUCGACACGGUUGCCGAGUGAGUCUCGCUCACAUGUGCUAGAGCGGUUGUCUUGUGGCACAUCGUAUCGAGUGCGACUCAUAGCUAACAAUGCGGUCGGUGCUUCUCCCCCAAGUGAUGAGCUUCUUGUGUCUACGAAAGGAGGGCCACCUCGAGCCGCCUCAGAAAAGGACCUAAUCUCCGCGAACAGCACAUGCGUGAAAGUGAACCUCCUCACUUGGGACAGCAACGGAUGCCCCCUCAGCCAGUUCUUAGUCUCCGUGCGAGCAUUCGAAGACAACUCCUGGCGACAGCAGACCGUGCCCGCGGCGGCUCAGCCCGUGGCCAUAUGUGGGCUAACCCCAGCCACGUGGUAUCAUUUGAAGGUUGUGGCCGCUAGUUCAGCUGGAACUACGACCGGGAAGUACUACUUCGCUACUCUAACUGAGGAUGGAGAGCGCAUCCCUGCGCCGGCGCAGUUCCCGCCGGGCGGCGAGGGCGAGGCGGCGCCGCGCGCGGCCGUGCUCGCCGCCGCGGGCUGCGCGAGCCUCGCCGCGCUGUUCCUGCUGGCCGCACUUGCUUAUAGGAAAAGAACAUCGACAUCAUGCUUCAGGAAGGGCUACGAGCAAGGAGACGUGUCCGAGGAAGAAGAGAAGUCGGUGGAGAAGCGAGACAACCGCCGGAACUGUCAGCAGGUGUACACUUCUUCGCCGAUCAAACACCCACUGAGUAAAAAGGAGCAGCAAGAAAUGUACGAGAUCAGUCCGUACGCCACGUUCAGCAUGUCGGGCGGCGCGACGUCGACGGAGCGCGGCGAGGAGCCGCUGCUGUCGGCGCCGGGCGGCACGGGCACGCUGCGCACGUUCGGCCGCGCCGAGCCCGCGCCGCUGGCCGCGGCUCCGCCCAGCCACUCGCACAAACACCGCUCACCCGUCAACUCUGAUGAAUAUACGCUAUCUCGAGCGAUGACUCUAAUGGUGCGGCGCUCCGAAUCAGAUUCGGAUUCGAGUGGGUCGCCGUGCGCUGAAUGUACCAGCGUGUCUUACAGGAUGCCUAUAGCAGCUAAUAAAGCAGGCAGCGUGGGGGAGGAGGUGUUCCGCGCGGUGACGGACUCGAGCGCGGAGUCCGCGUCGGCCGGCGACGCGCGCGCGCGCUCGCACGACAAGGCGCGCCGCCGCCCGCGCCGACACCACACGCCUACCAACUCCAGGUAUCAGCAAAGACAAGAGCAGGAGAGAAGAGAUUUUACGAUUCACGUUUAAACAAGACAAUAAAAGACUGCUGUAAGCAAGCGAACUUUAUUAACGUUAUCUAACUUUAGAAUGAAUUAUAUUAAAUUAAUUGUAAAUAGUUAAUUAUUGAUAUAUAGGUUUUGUACAUUCGGACGCGUCGGGGCCUAGGAAUUGUAAAAUUCAAAAUUAAAAUAUUGAAAAUUCAUAUUUGGAUAUUUAUUUUUUUUGUGAUUUCAGAUCUUUUACACAACUGGAUUACUAUAUAUUAGAUAUAUCAUUAAAUAUUCGCGAAUUAAAAAAAAAACCGUUAAUUCGAGUGCCAAAACCCUAAUUAUCUAGUUAUUCCUAGCAACAGUUUAAACGUUUUUAAUAAGUGAAAAAUUAGAAUAUUAUAUUUUUUAGUACUUGUUGUACAAAAUUGGAAUUUGUUUGUCGUCAAUUUGUAAAAACUAUCACUGCCGUUUUAUUAUGAAGUGUAACUUAUCGUGUUUCUUGACUUUUUGUAUUGUAUACCACUGACAAUGAUUUAAAUAAUUCUAACAAUAAUGUUAAAGCAUUGUGUCAUAUCGAACAUUGUAUAAAGUGUAGAAGUAUGUUUAGUACUAAGAAGUAAGUACAACUGAUUAUUAUAGAGUGGGCUGAGCCAAGGAAAUCGAGAUCUGAAAUUGAUGUUGAUAUAAAACUGUUUUCUGAGGAAGAAAAUAAUAAAUGCUUUUUCAAGAAAUUUGCCAAGAAAUUAUAUAAAAAGUGUAUUUUAACAACGAAAUUUGACAUUUAGUUAUUAUUAUUUUGUGGUAAAAUCGUAAGAUUUACACUACGACCAACCAAACUGAUCAACUGAUCGUGCAGAUUGGAACUCAAUAAGGAAUUGGUCCAAUCACGUUAAUAGACAAUGAAUAGCGCAAAACGGUUCUGGUUUACGAUUUCCAGUGGAAUGGUAUACAAUGUUUAACUACUAUUUGUUGAUGAAAUGUGAUAUGUUGUUUUUUUUUUAUCGAAUCAUUGUAAUGUGGUACUUUGAUAGUUUUAAAUUUACUUAUUCUUCUUUCAGAAGAAAGUAAAAUUGCAAGUUUAUAUCCUAUGUCAAGGUAUUACUUUGUGAAGUACCUAAAGGUUGUUUAGUCAUUUAUUUUGUUUGUAGUGACUUUUUUUUUCUAAAA